UUUCCCUGCCAUCCUGCACAGGAAAAAGCUCAUUUUCCCUGCCACACGUCCCUGGGGACUCUGAGCACUCAACCUGCGCUGCCAGCCACGCUCCAGCACCUCAGCAGGCAGAGGGACCAGAGGGAUCAAACAGGCUGGAGAUGGAGCUGCUGGCCGUGCUGGGCUGUGCCCUGCUGCUCCCCGGGCUCCUGGGCGAGGACUGUCCAUCCCCCUGCAGCUGCUGGUCCGCGGGGCAGGCGUGGGGCACCGUCGUGGACUGCGGCUCGCGGGGGCUGGCGGCGCUGCCGGCGCUGCCGCGCGCGGCCCGCGGCCUGCGCCUGCACAACAACAGCCUGGCCUCCGUCCCCGCCGGGGCCCUGGACAGCCUGGGCCACCUGCAGGACCUGCAGCUCGGGGACAACCCCUGGCACUGCGACUGCCACAUCCUCUACCUCAAGCUGUGGCUGCAGGAUUUCUCCGCGCCCGCGCUCGCCCGGCUGCGCUGCGCCAGCCCCGCUCACCUGAGGAUGAAACCCCUGGCGCAGCUCACUGGGAAUGAUCUGGGUGUUUGUGCAAGGCUGCUCCCCACCAAGUGCCUCCAGUUCUUCUGGCGAGACCUCGUUUUAAUUGCUGCAGUGAUAAUUACCUUUCUUUUGGCGGCGUGGGCUCUGAAGCUGUCCAAGAAGCUGCUCUGCCAGCUCAGCCUCGGCGGCCGGCGCCUGAGGAGGAGCAUCCCCAAAAGCCACAAGGUUCUCUGAGCUCUGCCCUGCCACCAGCACAGAAACCUCAGACUCCUCCACAGCAAAAAUGCAAGAGCACUGGUAACACUGGUCUGAGCUGAAAAAGCUCAAAGUUUGGGUCCUCAGGCAAGCUGGAUUUAAUUUUUGUCCAGAAAGAAGCUUGGUGAGGUUUGGACAGGCAAGUUUCAUCCUGCUGCCAUCUACUCAUACAAACAGCAGUUCCCACAUUUUUAAAAAUCAUUUAACUUAGCGUUUUCCCACUGAAUUCUCACCUCGUAGAAAGAUUUACACCCCCGAGUCCUACACUUUUUAAUAUAUGGAGAUGAGGCCCAAUUGUGUUAUUUUAACCACUCUUUUCUCACUCAGGCUCUGUGAGUUUACAGCCCAUCACCAUCUCUCGGUGUCCCUGUGGGCUUUGUAGGACAAUUCCUGUUUGCAGAACAGCUCAGGCAUCUCCUGCUCAGGUUCAGGAGCCUCCUGCCACCAGAACCACUGGGAUUAUACAGAGGAGACACUGAAUAUUUCCCUUACUGAAUACAGUUAAAGAUGGACUGGCCAUGAGAAGACAAUCAGCUAAAUAAUUUUAAAUCUCAUUGGAUUUCCUGGAGGGUGAACAACAAUAAAGCAUUCUAUGUGAAACUGAAAUAAUGGAUGCUUAUUGAACAUUCAUAUUGACCCAAAUUUGAUCUCUUUCGUGAUUCUAAACAUUUCUGAUUAAAUUUCUAAGGUAUUUCCAGAACUUGUCCUCUGGAGAUAAUUCUAGACUAUUUCCCCUGUACUUUUCAAUUUUUUAAAAGACAGCCACCAUUCCAUACAAAUGCAGAGUAUUACAGAAAAAAUGCAUUCUGCCAUCCCUCAUGGAAUUUCCUACAUGAUAUUUCUUGUUUCCCCAAAGUGAAAUAAAUCAUUAACACUAAAAGCUUAUCCCUCUCUUCUGUGCCCAUAAAUUAGAUAUGCAUAGAACAGUAAACUGCUUUAUGACAUGGCUUCAAUAGCACAAAUAUUUUGAAAAUGAGA